CUCUUGUUUCUCUUCUGCACAUUUUUCUUCUUCUUCUUCUUCUUCUUCCUCCUCCCUCCAAAAUCGCGUGGAUCUCUGCACUAUUUUCCUCGCAACAAUUUCCUCAUCCAUCACCAGAUCACCGCCACAAAAUUCACUGUACAACAUUUCCAAUUGAUCGAUUCCAUUACCUGAAAGAUCUAGGGUUCCAGCUGAAUCCACAUCAGCAGCUCCCAAUUCUGAAUUUCGAUAUAGAAUCGAAUCUAAUCAAUAGCAUUGGAAUUUAACUCGUGAAAAUAAUUGAAUUCCCGAUUCGUUUUGAUCUCUCUGAUUUGGUGUUUGUGAAUGAGAGAUUCAUAGGUGUUGUUUUAGAUGAACAACAUGGAGGUCGUCACUGAUGCGGCGUCGUUGGACGUCGAAUUGUUGCAGCUGCCGGAGUUUUCAGCUUUGGCUCUCAAGUCUAACUUCAAUUUCGUUGAGAAGCUUUUUGAGGAGUGGUUGUCGCUUCCUGAAAGCAAUCGACUUGUAACAUCGUUGUUGAAUGACGCUAAGUCAGGUGCUCCCUUGAAUGUCCCAGGGAAUUGCUCUAGUCCAAAUGCUGCGAGCAGUCCUUUGCCUUCCAUGUUUCCGGCUGGCACUGCUCCACCUCUUUCUCCAAGAAGUACAUCUGGUUCCCCUCGCAUUGUGAAACAAAGAGCUCCUUCAAAUUUGGGCUCUCCUUUAAAAGUUGUCAGUGAGCCAAUUAAAGAAGUGAUACCUCAGUUCUACUUUCAACAUGGAUGUCCACCUCCAAAUGAAUUGAAAGAACAAUGUUUGUUCAGAAUUGAUCAGUUAUUUCAUGAUCACUUGGAUGGCCUGCAGGUGCAUGAAUUCAAGUCAAUCACUAAGGAAGUAUGCAAGCUGCCAUCAUUUUUUUCCACUUCUCUUUUCAAAAAGAUCGACAAUGGAACUGGUAUUGUGACGAGGAAAGCAUUUAUUGAUUAUUGGAUUAAUGGCAACAUGUUGAUGAAGGAUACAGCUACUCAAAUAUACACAAUAUUAAAGCAACCACAACUGAAUUACCUUACACAGGAUGAUUUCAAACCUGUCCUACGUGAGCUUUUAGCAACUCAUCCAGGGCUGGAGUUCCUGCAGAGCACACCUGAGUUUCAAGAGAGAUAUGCUGAAACUGUAGUAUACAGAAUCUAUUAUUACAUUAAUAGAUCCGGAAAUGGCUGUCUUACCUUGAGAGAGCUGAAGCGUGGAAACAUAAUUGAUGCAAUGCAGCAUGCCGAUGAAGAAGAAGACAUCAACAAGGUUUUGAGAUACUUCUCGUAUGAGCAUUUUUAUGUUAUAUACUGCAAGUUUUGGGAGCUGGAUACAGAUCAUGAUUUUUUGAUAGACAAGGAGAAUCUCAUCAGAUAUGGUAACCACGCGCUUACCUAUCGAAUUGUUGAUAGAAUAUUUUCUCAGGUCGCAAGAAAGUUUACCAGUAAGGUUGAGGGGAAGAUGGGAUAUGAAGACUUUGUUUACUUCAUACUGUCAGAGGAGGACAAAUCAUCUGAACCAAGUCUUGAGUUUUGGUUUAACUGCAUAGAUUUGGAUGGAAAUGGAGUUCUGACAAGGAACGAACUGCAAUUUUUUUAUGAGGAGCAAUUGCAUCGGAUGGAGUGCAUGGCCCAAGAGCCUGUGCUUUUUGAGGACAUACUGUGCCAGAUGAUUGACAUGAUUGGGCCUGAGGAUGAAAACUUCAUAACUCUGCGUGACCUAAAAGGCGGUAAACUUUCAGGAAGUGUCUUCAACAUCCUGUUCAAUCUGAAUAAGUUCAUGGCCUUUGAAACUCGUGACCCAUUUUUGAUUCGUCAGGAACGUGAGAAUCCAACAUUGACAGAGUGGGACCGAUUUGCUCAUAGAGAAUACAUUAGGCUUUCAAUGGAAGAAGACGUAGAAGAUGUCUCUAACGGAAGUGCAGAAGUCUGGGAUGAAUCACUAGAGUCUCCCUUCUGAGAUAUUUUAUGGAUGAAAAGAAUUUGCCCCAAAAGACUGGCCUUUAUUCAGACAGAGGACUUAGGAUCAGCUUUUAGGUGGGAUUGUGCAAGCUUUGCAACAAAUUGUGGGAAAUUCCAAGCUUAACUGUUGAAUGUAUUUUUGAUGGCCUAGUUGCAAGAAUAUUCAGAUCUGCUGGUGGUGACAUACAUUGGUGCCAUUAUCAUGGAAGUUCUGUUGCCUUGUACCAAUAUCGAUGCUAAGCGGCAACAUUUGCUGAGAAGUGAUUUGCCAUGAUAAAUUAUAGACUUCAUUGAGUAUGUUGUUAUUUGGGGCACCUAAGCAGGAUUUUGUCACGUUUGGAUCUUUUUGUAGUUUGCUUCAAUGAUGAGUCCUGUUUGCCCCAGAUCUGUCCACAAGUACAUUGGCUUGUCAUCUGUGCAUCUGGUUGUUGUCUUUAUCUGAAUUUUUUUUUUGGUUAGGAGUUGAAGAUUUAGAGAUUAAUGUUAGACAUAAAUGUCUCGUUUUUCUGAACAAUUAGAUUUAUCUUUAAGUUUCAAGAUUUAUGCAGGAUUAUUUUAAGACUUCCAUACUAUUAUUCAAUGCAUUUAUAGUUUGUACA